AUGACAGCCUUAGCAGAGAGGCUUUCCAACCAGUUUGUUUUGUUCCAUGUCCUGUUUGUCUUUCUCAUGAUCCUUGAAUUUGUCUCUUUUUUUAAUUCUGCAACUUAUGCUGCUUCUGGAACUCCUAAAGUUGGAGAAGACGGAGCUGAAGCUGUGGCUCUCUUGACAUGGAAAGCUAACCUUGACAACCAGAGCCAACGUCUCUUGUUCUCGUGGGCUGGAAGAAAUCAUUGCAAUUGGGUUGGAAUCGAUUGCAAUAAUACUGACAGAGUCACCCAUAUAGACCUUGAGAGUAAAGGCUUGAGAGGUACACUUUCCAGUUUUAACUUCUCUUCCUUCCCUCAUCUCCUCAGCCUUAAACUUCAUGACAACUCAAUCUACGGGACAAUCCCCUCAAAGAUUGGUAGCCUUGUAACACUCACCUACCUUGACUUGUCCAACAAUUAUCUUUCAGGAACAAUUCCAUCAGAAAUAGGAAUACUCUGUUCUCUCACAAUUUUGUAUCUUUAUGAUAAUCAACUUUCUGGAUCCAUCCCUCAUGAAGUUGGAAUGUUGAGGUCUCUCAUUGAAUUCGAUUUGUCAAGAAACAAUCUCACAGGUUCAAUCCCUACUUCUAUAGGGAACUUGGCCAACUUGACCAUUCUAUACCUUUAUAAAAACCAACUUUCCGGGUCCAUCCCUCAAGAAGUUGGAAUGCUAAGGUCAAUCCCUGCUUCUAUAGGGAACUUGGCCAACUUGACCAUUCUAUACCUUUAUAAAAACCAACUUUCUGGAUCCAUCCCCCAAGAUGUAGGACUGCUAAGUCUCACAGGUUCAAUCCCUGCUUCUAUUGGGAACUUGGCCAACUUGACCAUUCUAAACCUUUAUGAAAACCAACUUUCUGGAUCCAUCCCUCAAGAAGUUGGAAUGCCUAAGGUUCAAUCCCUAACUUCUAUAGGGAACUUGCCAACUUGA